UAUUUUCCCUUUUCCUCUCAAUCUGUGAGGAGGAUGGAGCUGGAAAUCUAAACAGGGCAGCUGGAGCCUGCAGAGUUCCAGCGAAGCUCCGAGCCUGACCUCCUUUCCUACUAAGCCCGUCACCAAACCUCCCUGAUCUCUCUGGCCCCUGCGGAGCAGUCACUCCUCCGACCAUCCCCAUCAGCACGCCAUGAAGACCUGGGUUGUGCUUUGCCUGGCACUGCUGUGGUUGGAGCUUCACAAUGGUGACUGCCAACAGUUCAAGAGAAGAAAAGACGUGGGAGAGAAUCGAAUCAGACCAAUGGGGAAGCGGGUGAAGAUGAGACCCCCCAAACCAAAGGAUGGAGGGGGGAAAGCCCAGUCCCUGCUGACCCAGGUCUUGGAUAAGGGCCGCUUCCUUCGCCUGGGCCAGAGCACAACUCUGCCUCCAGGGAGGAACAUAGAGCUGCGCUGCAAAGGCAACAACAUCGGAUGGUCGUACCCGACGUACCUGGACACCUUCAACGACUCACGCCUCAGCAUCAAGCAGAGCGACAAGUACAGUCAGCUGAUCCUUACGUCACCCUCUGCGGCCGACACAGGGUCCUACAGCUGCUGGGUGAUAGUGUGUGAUGGAACAGAGUGUGAGAAGGACCAUGAUCGUGCUUAUGUCUCAUACAUCUAUUUCACAGACAAAGACAACCUCUUCGUCCCCUCUGCCAUCCACUUUGAGAUCGUGUACCAGCGCCCUGACAGUCCCGCUGUGGUGCCCUGUCGUGUGACUGACCCACAGGCUAAGGUGACCCUGCACAGUGAAGUCCCUGCAAAGGAAAUCACAGCCAACGACACCCAGGUGACCUAUGACCCCACCAAGGGGUUCGUCCUGCAGAACCCCAGUCCAGACCUCCAGGGAGUCUUUUAUUGCAAGGCUGUGACCAAAGGCACCCCUCAGAUCUCUACAAAGUACCAGCUGCUCUAUGUGGAGGUUCCCAGUUCUCCCCCAUUUGUGAGCCUAGAAGCGUCUCCAGAGUCUGUGAGAGGAGGCGACAACGUUAAUGUAACCUGCACCGUGCUGGGGGAGCCAGAGGUGGACGUGAGCUUUAAGUGGUCUUAUCCCGGUCAGGACCAUCGUCCUGUUCGCAUCUUAACUUCCUGGAGGCUGGUGAACAGGGGGUUGGGUCACAUCACACGGGUCUCCCAGAGUGUCUUGACUGUAGAGGACAUGGAGACCAUUGACUUUGGAAACUACAUCUGUAAAGCCAAAAACCCACAUGGUGAGACAAUUGUGGCAAUCAACGUCAUCUCCAAAUAGUCCCAACAGCAGGCCCUGUGUCAUGUCAUGUUUGAUGUUGGAGUGAUUCUUAUAUGUUGUAGAGAUAUAACAGUAUCACACCAGGUGAAAUCAACAUGUAGAUACUUUAAAAUUGAUGUAUUUUUAGACUACAGCUGUUAAUAACAAUAAAGAUUUGCUAUCUAA